CCCGUGAGCCAAUUAGAGUUUAAAACAUUAUGCGCGCUCCUGGUCGAAACGGAGAAGACUGAGUGAAGUGAAAAAGCGCAAAUAUUUAUCUGUCUGUAAAUUAGUACAUCGUUGAGCAAUAACUAGCUACACAAUGUCUGAAGAAAAGCCAAAGGAAGGAGUGAAAACUGAAAACGAUCACAUCAACCUAAAGGUUGCAGGUCAAGAUGGGUCAGUAGUCCAGUUCAAAAUUAAAAGGCACACUCCGCUCAGCAAGCUGAUGAAGGCGUAUUGUGAAAGACAGGGUUUGUCAAUUAGACAGAUAAGGUUUAGGUUUGACGGACAGCCGAUUAACGAGACUGACACACCUGCACAGCUUGAGAUGGAAGACGAGGAUACUAUUGAUGUAUUUCAACAACAGACUGGUGGCUCCUCCCACUCUGAGGCUCCUCCCACUCUGAGGCUCUCCCACUGAGGCUCCUCCCACUCUGGGGCUCAUCUUAAAGGUGUACAGACCCCUCUCCUCCUCUCUGAGAACAGAUACACUUGAAGAGCAGCAUCACUCAAAACAUUUUUUAUUUUCAAUAAUCAUUUAGCGUUAUAAAUAUAUUUUGUUUGAUUGAUCCACUUUCCCCCAAGCCCUA